AUGACCCACUACGAAAGCCGUCAGUACGCCCGGCCUCCCGGCGGCUACAAUCCUGACUAUUACUAUGGUGCCCCUCCUCAUGGCACCGCUCGUCACCAAACAGAUGUCGUCCGUCGUCGCGAUGGCAGCGUUGAUUCCUACGAUGCCCCUCCGCGCGACUACCCGCCUGGCGAUUAUGGCUACGAAUACGGCUACGGCAUCCCCCCUCAGGCCAGACCGUCCCGUGUCUCCACCCUCUCGGAGGGGGUGCGCAGAUCCCACUCUAUGGGCCAUCGUGAUCCCUAUUACGAUGACUCGGACUACUACCGUCGAUCCCACCGCCGUUCGAGGCGACAUGAUGACCGACGUGAUCGCCCCAGAUACUCUCGUUCUCCAUCGGACAGCCGCUCUCCCCCAAGACGACGUCGCAAGUCCAUCUCUGAGCAGGCCUUGGGUGCUCUAGGUCUAGGGUCACUCGCCUCAUCUGGAUCCCAUCAUCGCGAACAUGAUCGUGGUCGCUCACAUACCCGGGAUCGUAAGUCUUACUCCUACUCGCCCUCGCCCACCCGGGACAGAAGCCGUCACCGACGGGAGAAGAGUGAGCAGCGCAUCGCCCAGGCUGUUCGAGCGGCUCUGGCUGCGGGGGCCAUAGAGGCCUUUCGUGUUCGCAAGGACCCUGGCGAGUGGACCGGUGAAAAGGGCAAGCGCAUCCUUACAGCUGCGAUCACGGCCGGCGGUACCGAUGGACUUGUGGACCGAGACCCGAAGAAACAUUCCAAGCGCCAUGUCGUCGAAUCCACCCUGGCGGGUCUGGCUGCCAACCAUUUCAUCAACGGAUCAAGAUCCCGGUCGAGGUCUCGUGGCCGGGGUCGCUCGCAAAGCCAGGGUGGACUGAAGAAUCUGGUUGCCACAGGGGCCCUGGCCGCGGCUGGGAAGGAGGCCUAUGAUCGUUUCCGAUCCAAGUCUCGCCCUCGGAGUCGGAGCCGAGGCCGGGGCCGGUCCAGCUCUCGGGAUAGCUACGACGACCGUCGCCCCCGCAAACGGAGCAAGAGCGUGACCGACUACAUCAACCAAGGAAUGGAAGCACUAAGCCUAGGACAAAAGGACAGCCGUGACAGGAGAGCUCAUGGCGGCCGCUCGUCUCGUCGCGACGUCUAUUCGGACGACGAGCUCUCGAGUGAGGACGAGCCCCGACAGCAUCACAGCCCACGGCGCUCCAGACACUCUAGAGAUGUGAGUCGACCUUUAUCUACCGUCACCACCUCGACACGACCUUCCACACGCACCACAUCCAAAGGAAUCGGCGAAGCUGGUCAUGGUCGUGUCAACAGCCCUCAUGGAGGUGGUCAAUCCGAGGAUUCUGAUUCUGACCUGGGAAGCAGUACCGAUGAAGAACACCAACGCAAAAAACUUACCCGGAAAACCCUAGUGAAAUCCGGCCUGGCCGCGGUGGCCACCAUCCACGCCGCACAUAGUCUGCACGAAAGUAUGGAAAAACACAAAAAACGAGCGGAGAUGGUUCGCGAGGGUGAGCUUUCACCGGAAGAAGCCCGUCGUCUUCGGAUCAAGGGUCAGCUAGGCGAUGUAGCCAGCGUCGGCCUGGCCGCCCUGGGGAUCAAAGGUGCAAUCGGAGAAUGGAAGCAUGUGGAAGAAGCCCGCCGUGAGCGACAUGAAUUUGCGAAAAGCUGCGACGAACGACGAGAGCGCCGACACCGCCGUGUACAGAGCCAAGGACCGACGGCUCGACCGCCGCGGACCAUAUACCCUGACGAGAUUGAGGAGCAUCAUCCAUCGGAGUAUGGAUCAACAUCAGAUCUUCGAUCCCGGUCUGUGGGACGAUCGUCCAGAACGCCUGUCACACCAUAUGCUUGA